AAAUACAAAUAAACAGAAUACACAGAUAUAAUUUCAACUUCAACGUGCAGUGAACCCAGUUAAAGUUAAUCACAGUGAUAAAGUAAAAAUAAUAAAGUUUUGUGGUUAGUGUUUUGUAAUCGUUUUAUUAUGAUCCGAUAGUAAAUGUAAAUGCUAUUCAAACUAUUUUUAAACACAGUAACGUCAAGACUGAGAUUAUAUUCAAGUAUGUCGUCUUUAAAAGAAGCUAAAAGACUAGCAGCAUAUAAAGCAGUAGAUGAACAUGUGAAAGAUGGACACAUUGUUGGUGUUGGUAGUGGAUCUACGGCUGUGUUUGCAGUUGAUAGACUUGCAGAACGUUAUCAUAAAGAAAAAAUUAAUAUAAAAUGCGUUCCUACAUCUUUUCAAUCGAGACAAUUGGUACUUCAAAAUCAACUUCCCUUGGCAGAUUUAGAUCUUUACCCCCAAUUAGAUGUUUGCAUUGAUGGAGCUGACGAAGUUGAUGCCAACAUGGUUUUGAUAAAAGGUGGAGGCGGUUGUUUGCUACAAGAAAAAAUUGUCGCCAGUUGUUCAAAAAAACUUGUUGUUAUUGCUGAUUAUACCAAGGAUUCUGAGAAGUUGGGACAACAGUACAAAAAAGGUAUACCGAUUGAAGUAUCUCCCAUGGCAUAUGUUCCAAUCAGACGUAAAAUUGAACUAACUUUUGGGGGUAACGUACAACUCAGAGAAGCUGUUAUGAAAGCAGGACCUGUAGUAACUGACAAUGGCAAUUUCAUUCUAGACUGGAAAGAUUUCAACCAGGAUUAUGACUGGAGGAUGGUAAAUACCGAGCUUCUACAGAUACCUGGUGUUGUAGAAACUGGCCUUUUCGUUGAUAUGGCAGUAAUGGCAUACUUUGGAAUGCCAGAUGGAUCUGUAAAAGUAAUACAAAGCCCAAGAAAAGCUGCUAAUGGCAUUAAUGGAACUAAUGGCUUUUAGUUAUAAGGUUAUUACUAUAUUGAGAGGUUAAGAAUGGUAGUUUUAAGGGAAUUAGUUGAAUUCUUUCAACAUUUGGAUAAGUUUCAGUAAACUUAAGAACGAAAAUAAACAAUAUUGUUUUUUAAAUUAAAUAAAUAGGUAUAUUCAUCUAGU